AUGGUACAAGGUCAAGAAAAAUUCAAAGCGUCAAAUACAAGCUCCAGAAAAUCUAAUAAAAAAACUAAUGUGAUAGCACCAAAACGACAAUCAGCAAUCAAACAAAAAGCUAUACAAAAAAAAUUGACUUCGGCUAUAAAUAGAAAUAUCGAGCAAGUUAUAGCAUCAAGAGCAGAAUCUGUUGGUGGACAAAAAUUUAAUUUAAUCAAGGAGGAGGCCAAGAAGGAUAAAAAAUCAAAGGUUUC